UGCCAUGAAGAUGCCGUCACACUGGCCGUGCACCCUCCAUAGAUCGAUGCCAGCUUCAUCGUCCCCACUUUGUUGCGCCCUCUGGUUUUAGCUGAUUGUGCUCAGCACUUCAGCAGUAUCCAUCCAUGUACACAUUCCACAUCUAUCCCUUUGGUGUAGUAAUGGCGGCAUGUGCUGCAACAGUCGAGUUAACGGUGUACCCAUGAUCGGUCGGCUUGCGCAUUCAAUUGCUAAUCUACUUAUCCAUCUGUAGCUGCUGGUUAAAUUGAUUGAUUGAGAUUGAGUGAUUGCCUCUACGGCUCUACGCUACGUACGUACGUGUGAAGGUCGAGCUGUUCAUUCAUCCCUUGAGUAAUUGUUCAUUGAUGGAUCUUCCAUGGAGUGGAUCGCUCGCUCGCCGCCUGCUUCCUGGCUAUAUACACACCCUCGCCAUGGCUGCCGCUCCCUCACUUCGCUUGUGGUUGUUGUCGCAGAGGUGCAGCGGGUAGAUAGAUAGGUGGAGAUGGUCGCCAUGGAAGGAGGUGGUGGCGGGAGGCUGCUGCUCCGCGUUCUCAUCGUCUGCGCUGGGGCGCUGAUGGCGGCCGCUGCGGAGGGAGGCGGCGGCGGCGGCGGGGACACGUCGGUCGUCUUCGUCGUCGGCAUGGCCCAGUGCGCCGGCUGCGGGAGGAAGAGCUUGGGCGCCGAGGCGGCGUUCAGGGGCCUCAAGGUCGCCAUCACGUGCAAGAACGAGAGCAAGGCCGUCGCCAGCCUCGACGGCACGGGCGCGUUCGAGGUGCUCCUCCCGGCCGACGCCGGCGCCUCCGAGUGCCUCGCGCAGCUCCAGAGCGCGGCGAGCGGCGCGCCGUGCCCCGGGCAGGAGCCGUCGAGGAUCGUGCCGCUGCUGGCCGAGGGCGCGGGCGAGGGCACCUUCGUCGCCGUCGCUGGCAAGGCGGCGCGAGGUGGGACGUCGGCAGCGCCCGAGUGCGCGGCGGCCAACAUCUGCUUCCCGUGCCACGCGUUCGGCAGGAAGCCCUUGUUCGCGCACCGGCGCAUGAAGCCCAUGCCGGUGUACGCUCCGCCCGUGUACGGGACGCCGGUGCCGGCGUGCCUGUGCACCCCUACCCCGGCCCCGGGGUGCCAGUGCCCUUCUGCCAUGCCGGUUUACGGGACGCCCGUGCCGGAAUACUACCCGCCUCCAGCCCCGGAGUACGGGACGGCGACGCCGGUGUAUGCUCCGCCAGUGUACGGGACGGCGACGCCGGUGUAUGCUCCGCCCACCGUGCCCGUGUACGGGACGCCGACGCCCGUGUAUGCUCCGCCCACGGCGCCCGUGUACGGGACGCCGACGCCGGACUGCCCUCCCGAGGCGCCGGAGUACGGGACGCCGACGCCGGUGUACGCUCCGCCCACGGCGUCGAGAUGCCUGUGCACGCCUACUCCAGAGCCGGGAUGCCAAUGCCCUUCCACGAAGCCGGCGUACGGGACGCCGACGCCGGUGUACGCUCCGCCCACGGCGCCGAGAUGCCUGUGCACCCCGACCCCGGAGCCGGGAUGCCAGUGCCCCACUCCAACCCCCACGCCGGUCUACGUGGCGCCGCCGACGCCGCAGCUCCCUCCCCCCACGCCGGUGUACGGGACUCCAUCGCCGGUAUACGCUCCACCCACGGCGCCGGUGUACGGGACUCCAUCGCCGGUAUACGCUCCACCGACGGCGCCCGUGUACGGUACUCCAUCCCCGAGAUGCCUCUGCACCCCGACCCCCGCGCCGGGGUGCGAGUGCCCUGCUCCCACCCCCACGCCAGUCUACGGCACGCCAGCACCGACGACGUACCCUCCUGCCGCUCCGGCGUACCCACGGCCGGCGCCGGAGUACGGAGCGCCGCCGGCGCCAGAGUGCCCGCCAGAGUACGGCACGCCCAUCUACACUCCUCCGGGCCACCAGUAGUUCUAUCAAUGCAUGGUAGCACUCUGACAUUACGAGGGUACAUUCUGAGGGGAAUAAAAGGUUGUGAGACUGAUUAAUGGCGGCCAGCUUUGAUGACGAUGGAGCAUGCUCGUGUACGCUGUACGUACUUUCCAAAUUGUUUGCAUUUGGCAAUGGACACAGGAAGGUGUAUGUUCAUGCGUGAUGUGACGUUCUCCCUAGGAAGAACUAUACUCACUGGUCACUAGAUCACGAUGAUGGCACGUGUUGCCGCGCCCCCUAAGAUUUAUUUUUACCAUAGUGCUAUACUAGUAUAUAAAUUAUGGGAAACAUGUGAGCCAGCAAAGAUGGGUGGAUGGAUGCGCGGUUUUAAAUUUUGGAAACAUGGGAAUUCUGCUUUUAACGAA